GUAAGCACUCAGUCGAAUCCACUGGGGUCUUUGAAAUACUGUCGUUAAAUUCCCCCAGUAUUCUAUUUUUUUUUUCAAAUCCUCUCAAGGCAUUCUAGCUGCGGGGAGACAUACUACAUCAUCGGUGCCAGUACGGCCAUAUUUCAAUCUUCCGAUGCGGUGGCUGGUUGCCCGAAGAUCUCGUGUUAUACACUUUCGCGGCUACUAAAGUGCCACCGAUUAUCGCGGUACACAUGAGGCACCGGGAGCUGUCGCGUUAUGUCAGAGGAAGGGCCCGGUCUGCGCAUGCGGCCCUUCAACUAUGCCGGAUAAAUUUUGGAAAACCGUUGAAGGUAUACAUAUCCGUGAUAGAGGCGCUAUCUUCGCUAGGUCCUCUGUUUACCACACAGGUCAUCGAAGCAUGCACUAUGCACUAUUCCCCAGGCAUUUGAAGUGGUUGUUAUUCUACACUCAUUUUAUAUAACCAAUGUGGACCAGGACAUAUGGCCUAUGAUAUAGGUAUUAUAGAGUCAUAAAUGGUGUCCUUCAGUGAGAAGUAGGACAUGUAAAUAGUCCAUUCCAUCUCUGGUUUAUCUUUUCACGCAUCUGAGAGCCUGGUGCGUUGAGUAGCGUCACGCGACGCCUUGAGGGUCACGGAGACCACGUUGCCGCCUGUUCCCACAGCGGGUCCGCCUUUAGGCUCCUCGACCGAUAUGAUACCGGCGCUGGCGGGUGGUGUCGUCCUGGCCUGUGUGAUGACAUAGAGAGUUGCGAUUUUCAUGUGCUCAUCUCGAAGGCGUUUCAAGGUGUCUACAACAGCGUUGUAUGGCUCUCGAAGGUUAGGUGUUGCCUCCGCAACUUGCCGCACGUUCCGUGGCACUGAGCCAAUCCGGUUCAAGUAUUCACGGUGUGCCCCCGGCAUGUAACGUCUCAUCCUUUCCAUGAAGCCAUGUUCAGCCUUCUUGUUAGCUUCAGACGGGGCUGGCUGACGAUGAUGAACGAGUUUGUGAUCUACGUCAAGGAAGAUGUCGAGAGCAUGCAUGACGGAACUCUGGCCUGCCGAAGGCCCGGCGAGAUCAAAGGAUGCGUAAUUGGGAACACCGUCGAAAACCCAACCGGGUUGCCCGUUUGCUUUGGUAUCAGCACCAUUCCACCAUGGACGAACAAUCCAGUAGAAGGAGUGUGGAUCAACUGCAGAGCGGAUCGAACGGAAGAUCUCCAACUGUACUCCGACGUAUCCGCCAGAUUGACAAACCCUUCAAUGAUCUGCAACAUCUCUACUCCUUUCAACUCUACAGCUGCAGAUGCCGUAUAGAACGCAGCCUCUGUCUCCGUUCCUGAAAGGAGGUUUACAUAGCGCAUAUUUCCAACGGACAGCGGUUGCUCGGGAUCGACGAAUUCCCAAUUCCAC